AACAGCCGAAAGAAGAAGAAGAAGAAGCACUCCAACCGGUCUUGCCACACUAUGGACAUGGGAUUAAUGACUUCCAUUCAACUAUAAAUUUUUCUCUCGUGAGCACAAGAUAGCCCAUUCAAACCACGUGUUGUCUCGAACCACUUCCAGAACUUCUACACGCAGCGAGACUUCAAACGUCAUCGAUGACGUCACAUGCAAACAAUACAAGUCCCGAUACGCGCUUCGCUAAACACUUCUUGGAUUUCUGGACACCCGCUGCGAAGAAUCAUAUUACGUCCCAUCACUAGUAGAAGGUCCAUUUCCAGACUUGCAUCAGCAGUACUGUCAUUUCUGUAAAAUGGGACACUGACUGAUACAUCAACAAUGCUAUAGGGGCUAUAGUGUUUUUAGGAACAUCCAUAAAAAUGGAAAGCAGUUCCUCAGAGAUGGAAUGGCAGCAACUGCCUUAUCACAGCUGGACAGAAUCUCAUGUGAGCUCCUGGUUGAGAUCCAUUGGGAUAAAAGAGAACUACAUAAAAAAACUGGAGGAGCAGGAGGUGACAGGACCUGUUCUGAAAACGCUACAGAAGAAAUUUCUCAGCACUACAGUUGGAAUGAAAGGUGGCCAAAGUGAACAUCUGCUGAAAGAAAGAGAUGAUCUUCUAAAGUCAGAACAGCAAAAACAAAAAAAAGAAAGUGAUUCACAUGAUAAAGGUAGAGAUGACAAAACAGAAAAUGUGUUAAAUUUAGUACAAGAACAAAAACUUUCUUCGCAGACACCAUGUGACAGAACAGAGAGAGAGAUUAAUCCUACUGUAUGCAGUGACAACUUAGCCUCUGCAGAAGUAGAUGUAUCUUUCUGUGACUAUCGAAAAUUUGAUGAGGAUGAAAAGAACUGCAGGUAUGUGAAGCACAAUGUGCUUCCUCCAGAGACAGGAAUUGAAAACAUGAUUAUUCCAUGUCAUGAAUACAAAUCACUGGAGGAGGCACACAAACUGGACUUGAAAAGGCUGAAAUUAAAAGUAGGAAUUGAAGUGUUAAGAUUUGCAUGUGCAUGCAUGAAUAUGAGAACCAAUGGGACAAUUCAUUUUGGCAUUAUGGAUAAAAUGGGAAGUAAUCACAAGCAUGGGGAAAUCAUAGGAAUACCUAUCAAAAACAGAGAAGACUUUGUGGACGCAUUAGACUACAUUGAAAGAUGCUUCGCCGGGUCAGAUCAGCAAUGUGAUGCCAGGAAAUGCAUAAGAAACCCCCGAUUUGUUGAGGUGCUGGACAAGAAAACUACUGAGAAAACAUGGGUCAUUGAAUAUGAUGUUGUCCCAAAAGCAAGCAUUGUAAAAGAUAAGUUGUACUCAGUUUGUAUCCCAAAAUUCUCUCAGGUGGACAAGAAAGUCAAAUGUGGAGACAAAGUUCCCUAUUACAGAGUGGGAGCCAGCAGUCCACAGGUACCUGGUGAUAAACUUGUUCAUUUCAUUCAAGGACUGACAGAGAAGGACCAAGAGAGAGAGGAGGCAGAAGCUUCAACCAUUCAAAUGGCUGAGGACUUCAGAGAGGAUCAAAAGAGGAAACUCACCGUCCUCUUAACAUGUGGAAAAACACACAUGGACAACUCUCUGUUUUACAUCCUUGUGACAAACAAAUUUCAGUCAGUGCAUCUCGACUGCAUUGACUUCUUGGUUCCCAUGAAGGUCUUCUGUGUGUUUGAUUUCGACCCUGAUUCAGAGUCAUCUGGGCUUUGUGGUAAAUAUAAGGAGCAGAAGGCUGUAACACUUCAUUUCCUCGAUGACUAUGGAAGGAACAGUAAGCCAGGAAUUAACGACUUCAUAAAUUCUUUGCAGCUUUUUGAGAGAACAAGCUGGAUUUUCUGCAAUGGAAGAAACAACUUCCCUGGUGCAGAAGAAACAUGUGAUGAAAAAACCUGGAUCAAAACAAGUAAAAAGAAAAUGAAGGCGGCAGUGUCUGUCAUCUGCAAUGAUAUCCUUCCCAGGCGUUCAUUUGUGGUCAUCUUCCUGCUCAUGUCUGAAGUUGAGCAGCCACUUGUUGAGGUUUUCCAUGAAUUCUAUGCAGAAAUGAAUGGACAUGACUAUUUGGCAGUCAUAUCAGAGUCAAAGGAAAACUACAAAAAGUGGUCGAGUCUUGCCCAGGUGUCCUGUUCAAUGUCUGCACUCAAAGAUAUCAGCAUUGUAGAAAUGCCACUGAGUCAUGUGGACGCCACAGUGCAAAGCAUUCAACUUUCAAAGAGUCAGCCCAUGAAAAAAUUACCAGUCCUAAAUGGAGGCCUGUGCUUCCUAAGAUCAGUUGAAGAGGCUAGGCUAGAUUCUUUAGAAAUCAUCAGUGUCGACCAGUGUGAUGAUACAAAUCUGGAGAUCAUGAGCAAGGAUGAAAUCCAGCAUAUUGAGAGCCACUUCUAUCGAGGUGGAAAGAUAAACUGGAUCAACUUCUGGCUUGCUGACAGACACAGGUGUGGGGUUAUCAUAGAGAGGGAUGCCUACAAAGACGCAAGCACAAUCCUCAACAGUAUUAUUAAUCGUAACAAAGCCAUACGUCCCAUUGAGAGUGUGAACAUAUACCACCAACCUGGCAGCGGUGGAAGUACAGUGGCACGACAGAUACUCUGGAGUCAGAGGACAAAGUUACGAUGUGCAGUUGUUAAACACUGUAAGGAAAUCACAACUGUGUGUGAGCAUGCGCUGAGACUGAGAGAACAUGACGAGAAAGACAAAAACAACUGUCUGCCGGUGCUCCUGCUGUUGGAGGAUUGCAAAGCAGAUUACAUAAGUGAACUCAGACGGGAACUAGGGAAUGCCAUUGCAACCAAAAAGCUACGUUCCUCUGUGCUGUGCUUUGUUCUACUGAUCUGCAAUAGGUCACAUGAUCCAGAACCAAUGAGCAAAGCAUCUCAAACAGUAGCAGUCACACAUAAGCUGUCACCUAGAGAGAAGCCUUUGUUCUCCAAAAAGCUGGAGCAACUCCAACUGCAAUUUCAACCAGAGUUCAUCCUCACAUUUGUGCUGAUGAGCAAAGAGUUCGAGGAGAGCUACAUUAAGAACUUUGUAAAAAAUGUGCUAGAGAAAAUUGAUCAUUCAUCACCUGAUACUCGCCUCAUUAGAUUUGUGGCUCUCCUGAAUAGCUACGUUGAAGAUUCAUACCUAUCUGUUUCCCGGUGUGAGGCAUCUCUUGGCAUAGCUACCUAUGUGGAAAGAACUCAGAACCAUGCAUUUGUGGAUCAUCUCAGUGAUGAAGCUAAGCUUAUUUUCAUCCACCUAAAAGAAGCUUCAACUCACAUUUCAUCAAUACGGAUUAUUCACCCAAAGUUGGCACAGGAAAUUCUGAGUCAGCUGUCUGUAGGUGUGCCUCAGAGUGACAUUGCCAUGGAUCUCAUCAGUGACAAGGUACUUAUGAAUCAUAGGUUUGACAGAAAUACGUUUCUGAAUUUCAUCAGAGCCCUUUUCAUUAGACGAAACAAAAAGAGCAGAGGAGAUCCUAAAGACACAGCCUUUUCACCUCUUGUUGAGCAUGUCUGCACCAAAAGUGGUGGUCAGAAAGCUGUCGAGCUCAUGGAGGCAGCUUACAUAGCUUUGGGAAAAGAAGCUUUUGUGGCACAACAACUUGCCCGGCUGCUUUAUACAAACUUGAGAUUUGAAGAGGCCCUAAAGUGGGCAGAAGAAGCAAAAGCUCUUCUUCCAUAUGAUACAUUUGUCCUUGACACAUUGGGACAAGUUUACAAGAGGUGGUUUUACCACUUGUAUGACACCCUUGAGGAAAAAGAAACCUCACCUGAAGGAGGAAUUGAAAUUAUAACCAUUGCUCUCAAAGGAAUUUCUGCCUUCCGGGCCUCUGAAAACACACCAAAGAAAGAGACUGUCAGCUUAAACAACUCAUACUAUGGGGAGGUAGAUGUUGGCUGCAGGCUGCUAACAUUCCUGUCAAGAACAAAUGUUUUUUCAAACGAUGCUGGAAAAUCAGAGUUGAUGCAGUAUUUGUUAACAGACUACAUACCAGCAGAGGUCAAAAAACCCUGGGAGAAGUUUCAUCUGCAGUUGAAAGGGUUACAGAAGAGCUUGCACCAUGCACUUGAGUGCAUUUCUGAAGACCUUAGCUACUUUCAAACUGACAUUAGUGAAAUGGAUGAAGAGCUUGAUGCAAGAGAUUCAGAACAACUACACAAUCCUAGAAGAUGGUUGAGAAGGAAAAGUGCUGUUUUUGCUGGAUUUUUCUGUGUCACACCAGAUGAGAGUGAGGAAGCAGCUCAAAGCAACAGCACUGAUGCGGCCCUUCCAUUUGAAAACCUUUCUGCUUUCAAAAGACAGAUGAAGAUUUACAGCCUUGGUGGAGGGAACGUUACAUCCAUCCUCUCCUUACUUAAUCACAAUGACCCAAAGAGAGCAGGAAAAAAACUUGAGACAAUAAUUGGAAUGUACCCAGAAAACCUGACAUGCAAGGACCUUGACCAGGCAGAACUGUCAAACUUCAUCUUUUGCCAGAUAGCUCUGAACUGUACUCUGCCUGGGUCUUCAAAGCUCCUGUCCCUUCAAAAGCUACAAGAUCUCAGCAAGAGAUUUACUACAAAAGGGAGAGACAUGUCAUCACCAAGCGCUCUCUUCCUUCUGUCCCUUCUCUUCUGGCCUGAGACGAGCAAUGAGCUCAGUUCUGCUAAUAGUCAGACCCUCUUGUCAGCCAUUGACGCACUUCGGAGACUCUGUGAGCAAAAACGUGAACACAGGUCUACAAGGAAAAGCAGAGUCAUGGUCCACUUCUUUCUGGGAAAGGCAAAAGGCCUUAACAAGAUUGUCCACAGAAGUGCUAUUGAAAAACAGAUUGGGGGCACUCUAAAUGAAAAAAACCUGAAAUGGCGUGAAGGGGAAAUAUGGAAAACUAAGGACGUUGUGCAGUUACUCAAACGUGUUGAAGGAUGGACAGAAAAUGGAAACUUGUUUGUCCAAGGUGGAACCAGGCACAGCAAAAUCAGGGUCUUUCCUCGGUACUCUGCCUCUCUUCCAAAUGGAAAUGAAAAGGUUACCUUCUACUUGGGCUUUUCAUUUGAUGGAGUGUUUGCCUUUGACAUCCAACUAAUGGAGUAAUUUUCAGUGCACAUGAAGCACCGCUCAACAUUUGCUAAUAUCAGUGCUAAGCUCCAAUGGACAUUAGAUGAGAUUGUAAGAGAUGAGGGCUGUGAGAAACCUUUGCUUGUUCCUCUUGGACAUUGACAUGUAAACCUAGUCUGCAUUUGCUUGAUUCACACAUAUGGUUUUGUAAAAUAGGUCCAGGUCAAAGUAAAUACAUUCAGACAGAGUAAGAAAUGCUGAUUUUGAGUAGAACGGUCCAACACACACACAUUAUUUACAUUUGAAAGAAUUUUGAACAUUGUUGUGUUUUCAGUUUAUUCCAGUUUAUAAAAAAAGCUGAUGAUUUUGUGAUUAUACUUCAGGGAUUUUAUGAUAAAGUUAAUUUGAGACAGUACCAUUCUUGUGUAGGACAUGUGUGAUGUAAAAUUUGUGUGAUGUAAAAUAUAUUCCACAGUUUGAAUUACA